AGAGCGAUGAUGCUGUGCGUGGAAUACACAGUUUCUUUUGUUUUGUACUGCGCAGUGUGAAUGUCUGCACCGAGCCACGUCUGUUCGUGCUCUCGAGUGCUGUAGAGCUUCACAACUCCGCGCUCAUUUCCUCUUCGUUUUUCCUCUCCGUGGUGCUGUGCUCGACGGCGGAGAGCUACCUCGAAUGGAUUCCUCACUUCCCCUUUCAUCUCCGAGUGUUUUCGUUCGUGCGUGAUAAGAGCGCGAGAGCCGAACGCAUUUUAGCCGACUGAGCUGCGGUGGAGUGAUCCGAAGUCGUUGUCCGUGAAGCUGCGCAGGAAGGAAACCACCGUGUGUACAACCUUACAGCUGCAUCCACAAGUAGAACAAGCGCUACGUAGUUUGGUCUGACCGCGUCGACGGCGAGUGCACCACGCUGUGUUGUUGUGUCCUUCCGGCCGCCCCUCGUUGUGUUCUCCCCCGCGCCCUCCCGCACCAUUCUCCCUCUUCGUCUCCGCUGUGCUCAUCUUUUGUUUCUGUCGCCGGAUGGCACACAGUUCUUUCUGAUUCCCUAAAUGCAUCGCCUGCUUUCAUCAUCAUCACAGUUCUCCCACCGGGCAUCCACAGGCACUGCCCUCCUUAUCACUUGGGGUUUUCUAACUCCAGAAGGAGCGAACACCGUGCCGUAACCAGCAGGAUGCCGGCUCGUUCUGUGCUGUGAGGUGCAGGAUGCCACGGAGCGGCUCGAAAGACGCGAACAUCGAUAAUGCAACGCACGCAUAACUGCUGGCGCGGGCCGCGACGAAGGCCGAGGCGCCGCCAAAAGACGCCGCAACCUCGCUGGCUGAACAAUCCGUACUGCGGCACAACUCCCUUGAAUGCGCAGCAGCGGAGAGGCGGCGUUGUGGUGGCACGCCGUGGGAGAACUGACAGACGCGCGGACGAAGGCGAGGCUCCUCGGCUUUGCGGGGCUGAAGCGGCUCCCACCGACGGCGGUCCUUGCUUGACUCUGCACGCUCUGCGCACCCGGCAAGGAGAGCGGUGGGAGGUGCGUGAUGCAACCUCUCCCUCCUGGCUCGCAGGGUGGGGCGAUGCAGUGCCACAACUACCAGGUCUACAAUGAGUCUGCGCUCCCAGCGGCGACGCCUGCUCGACGAAAUCAUCGAACAUCGCCCCAUGCCGCUCUUCCCGCCGUACGCAGAAAUCUCUCACCCCAAGGAAGACGUGUGGAGCAUCGCACGCAGGAGCCAGCUUGCGGGGUGCGCGAGUUGCACGAGGGCGAGUCGCCGGUUAGGUCCCUCCACGCCACGACGACCUUCGACCUUCUGGAUGGGGGCGCUACGCCGCGCCGAUCAACGUCGCUGAAGGUGGACAAGUUGCUGCUGCGGACAUGUCGCGGGCAGAGAGCCUUCUUACGCCAGUCACCGGCUGCCUCAGGCAUCUCGCCGCCCCGCUACAGCCACACGCUGCGCCCGAUGGAGGUAGGGGGUGCGGAUGCCGACGUGGACAACGGAUGGGACGCGGCUGCUCCACCUGCCGAGGCGGUGGGGGCGGCGGCGGUGGCGUUGCUGCAACGGAAGGGCCGCCCAAGCGCCGCAGCUCUCCGCGCGCAAGAAUGUGAGCCGCGUUAA